UUUCAGGACUUUUACCGAAAAGCCUAAGCAUAGGAGCUUAGUCUAUACGAUAAUAUCCGUCUCCACUGUCCAGUUAGCAUUGCUUAAAUCGAAACUGCCCCCAAUUGAAAGACAAAAUGCAUGCAAAAGAAAGCACCAAUAAGGUUGGACGAAAAGUUUCAAGACCAUGCUUCUUUGAUACCUCCGAACUCGAUGGCUGUGUUAACCCUUUUAAAUCUUUUUCUAUGGGAGCCUCCGGAACAGAGCCUUUACUGUCAUUUCAACAUCAUCAGCUAAGUUUAUUAUGAGCUGAACUAAUACUAGUGUACUUCCACUUCUCUUUAAAUAUAUCUCUCCGUUUAUAUCAGUUAACAUUGUACUGGGAUCGAUCGUUCCUUUUUGUCUGAAAAUCACACACUUUUUAUGGAAUAUCACAAGUCUCAGCUGCUGAAGCAAACUAGGAGAAUUGAUUCAGAAAGUCCAUAUCGCCUUCUUCACUGCUCAUCGAAGGGUGACAAAAAGGGUGUGGUUCAGGAGCUGGAGAAAGGAGUGGAACCCACUCUGGCAGACUACGAUAAGAGAACUGCACUUCAUUUAGCGUCUUGUGAAGGUUACAUUGAGGUGGUUGUCUUACUUCUUGAAAGAGGAGCAGAUGUGAACUCCACUGAUAGAUGGGGUCGUACUCCACUGUCAGAUGCUCGCAGCUUUGGCCAUGCAGACAUUUGUAAGAUACUGGAGAAACAUGGUGGAAUUGAUCCGGUUGCUCUUGACUCUCAGAUGCGAGGUUAUGAAAUUGAGUACACUGAGGUUGACAUGACUGAAGCACCUCUCCUUGGAGAAGGUGCAUAUGGUGAAGUCUAUUUGGUGAAAUGGCGUGGUACAGAAGUUGCAGCAAAAACAAUUCGCUCAUCUAUUGCUUCAAAUGAGACGGUCAAGAAAACCUUUCUCAAGGAACUUGCGUUAUGGCAAAAGCUGCGCCACCCAAAUAUAGUGCAGUUCCUUGGCGUUGUAAAACAUUCUGAUCGUUUAACCUUCCUCACAGAGUAUCUCCAAAAUGGAAGUUUGUACGAUAUCCUAAGAAAGAAAGGAAGACUUGAUCCACCAACAGCAGUUGCUUAUGCUUUAGACAUUGCAAGAGGCAUGAAUUAUCUUCAUCAGCAUAAACCCCAUCCUAUAAUCCAUAGAGAUUUGACCCCAAGAAAUAUACUACAAAAUGAAGCAAGACAUCUCAAAGUCACAGACUUUGGACUAAGCAAAAUUGUGCAGGAAAAAAAUGCUCUUGGUUACAAAAUGACCGGGGAAACUGGAUCAUAUCGUUAUAUGGCUCCAGAGGUGUACCGCCGAGAAACAUAUGGGAUAAGCGUGGAUGUCUUUUCUUUUGCUCUGGUUGUUCAUGAGAUGUUCCAAGGCGGACCAUCUAGUCGAGAGGAGGCUCCAGAGGAAGUGGCAGACAAGCGGGCAUAUGAAGAUUUGCGUCCACCUCUCUCUUCAUUUGUAUACCCUGAACCAAUCCGCAGUUUGGAUACGCUACAAUGUGAUGCUAGGUUGAUAUGGAAUGGCAAAUUCUGGUGCAGGCUUUUACGAGAUUGCUGGCAUAAGAAUCCAGAUUGCAGACCGACAUUUGAAGAGAUCAUUUUGCAGCUGGAGAUCAUCCAAGAGAAUAUGCAAGGCGGGAAACCCUUGGGAAGCUGCUACAAAUGUGUCAUUUUAUGACACUGGAGCCUAGCAGUGUGCAUUGUUAAAUCUGAGCUCUGCCUUCCAUGCUGUAUUGAUGCAUUUACUUUGUGCAUUGAUGCACUCCACACCUGUAAAAAAUAUGCGAAAAACCAUAGCAUCUACCACGUUGUUGGUGGGAAAUGUGAACUCACUGGUAAUCAUCGUUAUAUUGUGACUGCUUGGCAUUGUGUUACAUGUUACACCUGGAAUCAAGGUCUGCUUGGCAUUAUAAA